GUAACGCAAGUAUUCGACCAGAUAAGACUGUCCAGGGUAUUUAAACAUUUCCAGGGGCGCCUUUAGAUCAUUGUGUGGCGGACUUAAUUGAAAGCACCACCUCUCAUUUGAAGAUGUUGCGUCUUCUCGUUCUUGCGGUGACAGUUACAUUGGCGUUAGGGGGCGCCACAAACGUCCAGAUCACCAAUGAGUGGCCUGGUGGAUUCCAGGGAACGUUCACGCUUCACCCUGACCAUGCACUUCACGGCUGGAAAGCUCAUCUACAGUUCUCUAAACCUGUUGAUAAAGUUGAGAUCUGGAAGGCGUCGGUCAUCUCCAAAUCUAACAAUAACCAAGAGUACGUAUUACAGAAUGUUCCUGGGGUCGGAGAUAUUGAAGGCGGAUCUAGCCUCGAUGUCAUAUUUGUAGCGAGAGCCUCUGGGGACCACGCGGGGCCCGUUCGGGUAUUUUUAGAAGGUGUAGAUGCUCCCGGAAGCGGAAGUAGCAGCGGUAGUACUGGUGGUACCUCAGGCGGUGGUAGUUCCGGAACUGGUGAAUCAUCAGGUGGAUCUGGAACCCCUAUCUCCGGUGGUUCUUCCUCAGUAGGAUCUUCGACCAAAUACGACUACGGUAAUGCACUCGGGCUGUCCAUCCUGUUCUACGACGCUCAGCGAUCCGGCAGACUACCUGGUAACAACCCUAUCCCAUGGCGAUCUAACUCUGCUACUGGAGACGGAAGUGACGUAGGAACAGACUUGAGCGGGGGCUGGUAUGACGCUGGCGACCUUGUCAAGUUCAACUUUCCGAUGGCAUCUUCGGCUACAAUUCUGGCCUGGGGUCUCUCCAGGUGGAAGGAUGGGUACGAGGCGGCUGGUCAGUUGGAAAUGAUGUAUGAUUGCCUCAAAUGGCCACUCGACUACUUCCUGAAGUGUUGGAAACCAAGCCAAAAUGUGUACUACGCCCAGGUUGGCAAUGGCGGAACUGAUCACGCUGUCUGGGGAAGACCAGAAGACAUGCAUAUGAGCAGACCAUCCUACAAGGUCGACGCAGGAAAACCCGGAAGUGACGUUGCAGGAGAAACUGCCGCGGCUCUUGCCGCUGGAUCUAUUGUCUUUAAAGAGAGAGAUGCCGGUUAUUCUACUAAGCUGUUGACUGCUGCCAAGAGCUUGUACGAGUUUGCAAAGAAUCACAAGGGAAUAUACUCACAAAGUGUUCCAGAUGCUCAGAGCUAUUACGGGUCGACAGGCUACAACGACGAAUUAUGUGAGGCAGCCGCCUGGCUUCAUAAGGCCACACAAGAGGCGAAGUACCUUCAGGACGCCAAGGGCUUCUACGAGGCCGAUACCAGCUGGGCACUGUCUUGGGACGACAAGAAGAUAUCAUGUCAGUUGCUCUUGUUUGAGGCUACAAAGGAAGCCAAGUACAAGGCUAACGUGGAAUCGUUCGUCAAUAGUUACAAGCCAGGCGGUGGUAUCACCUACACGCCAUGUGGACUUGCAUGGAGGGAUCAGUGGGGCAGUCUUAGAUACGCUGCUAACGCAGCCUUCGUGGCACUGAUGGCGGCCGAGGAUGGUAUCGGUGGUAACGACUAUAAGACAUUCGCUCUGUCCCAGAUCGAUUAUAUCCUUGGUGACAAUAGACAACACAUGAGUUUUGAGAUCGGCUUCGGCAGCAAUUACCCCAAACAACCCCACCACAGAGGAAGUUCUUGUCCCGGCGCCAACUGCGGAUGGAACGACUACAACAGUGGUGGCGCCAACCCACAUGUUCUAAAGGGUGCUUUGGUUGGAGGCCCAGACCAGGGCGAUAACUACGCUGACAAGCGAUCUGAUUACACCAAGAACGAAGUCACCUGCGACUAUAAUGCCGGCUUCCAAUCAGCGCUCGCAGGUCUGUCAUCUAUGGCUACACGUGGGCAGCUUCCAGCAGCACCAAAUGCUAAAUGUUAAGAUUGCUAAUGUAAUGUUCAAUAAAAUUUAUAAUUUCGUU